CUCAGUUCUGCAGUACACAGGCUGAAGCACAUUCCUGCGCUGCAAGGCUUUCUGUUAAGGAUUUAUGUGGUCUUUGUUUGGAUUUCAGCAUGCAGAAUUACAGCUGUUCAGAGGAGACUCAUUGCAACUCCUGCUGAAGCUCCUAAUCUCCCUUCUUCUGCCCCUUACCCCUAACCUCACUUGGCUUGAAGACAUUGUCCCCCAAGGUUGUCUUACUCCCCUGGUGCUAUGUGUAUGGUGAAUCUGGCACUAUGGCCACAUCUGGGACUGGCCAGACAACUGCUGUUGGCUCUCCUUAUUCCAAGAAAGAUAUAAAGGGGAAUUGCACUGCAGGCAAUGCACCAAAGCAGCAGCAUCGGGAGCCUGGGGACUGAGGCUCCUCUGCAUUAUCACACACACACACAGCUGACCGCGAUGACAGCAGCUGCUCCUUUGAACUGUUGGCAGCAGCCAAGCGGCAGCAUGAAGUGAGAGAUCGCUCCUGAGCUCAAGAUGAACUCCAGCUUGGAUGGUAAUCAGAGCAGCCACCCUUUUUGUCUCUUGGCAUUUGGCUACUUGGAAUCUGUCAGUUUUUGCCUUUUGGAAGUGAUUAUUAUUGUCUUUCUAACUGUACUGAUUAUUUCUGGGAACAUCAUUGUGAUUUUUGUAUUUCACUGUGCACCUUUGUUGAACCAUCACACCACCAGUUAUUUUAUCCAGACAAUGGCAUAUGCUGACCUCUUGGUUGGGGUGAGCUGCCUAGUACCCUCUUUAUCACUCCUUCACUACCCACUUCCAAUUCAGGAGUCCUUGACUUGCCAGAUAUUUGGUUUUAUGGUGUCAGUUCUAAAGAGUGUCUCCAUGGCCUCUCUGGCCUGCAUUAGUAUUGACAGAUACAUUGCGAUCACUAAGCCUUUAACUUAUAAUACCCUGGUUACGCCCUGUAGAUUACGCCUUUGUAUUUUCCUGAUUUGGCUGUACUCCACGCUGGUCUUCCUGCCCUCUUUUUUCCACUGGGGCAAACCUGGCUAUCAUGGAGAUGUGUACCAGUGGUGCGCAGAGUCCUGGCACACUGACCCCUACUUCACCUUGUUCAUCGUGAUGACGUUAUAUGCCCCUGCAGCCCUCAUUGUCUGCUUCACGUAUUUCAACAUCUUCCGAAUCUGUCAACAGCACACAAAGGAAAUCAGCGAAAGGCAAGCCCGCUUCAGCAGCCAGAAUGGGGAGACUGGGGAAGUACAGGCCUGCCCUGAUAAACGUUAUGCUAUGGUCCUGUUCCGAAUCACUAGUGUGUUUUAUAUCCUCUGGUUGCCAUACAUCAUCUACUUCUUGUUGGAGAGUUCCACUGGCCACAGCAACCGCUUUGCAUCCUUCUUGACAACCUGGCUUGCUAUUAGUAAUAGUUUCUGCAACUGUAUCAUUUACAGUCUGUCCAACAGUGUUUUCCAAAGGGGACUAAAGCGCCUCUCAGGGGCUGUCUGUACUUCUUGUGCAAGUCAGACCACAGCUGGAGACCCUUACACAGUUAGAAGCAAAGGCCCCCUUAGUGGGUGUCAUGUCUGAAGGGGCUCCGAGGCUCUGUGUGUGUGUGUGUGUGUGUGUAGAGAGAGAGAGUGUGUAUUAUGGUUUUAGCUAUCUUUUUUUUAGUAUCUGUAUUCCUAUUUCUCUAGGAGGUCUAGGGCAGAAUACUUGGACUCUAAGCAGUAGCGAGCAAAUGUUCUAUACAAGUAUGAAUUAAGUUUAUAGAAAUGGUUUUCUAAACAUGAUUAUGAACCAAGAAGGCUCAGAAUCAUGAAGAAAAAAUGCUUUUGGUUCCAGUAUUUGAAAUGUCAUGGAAGUGACUACAGUUCUCAGAUUUAAAAGGAAUAAAGCCAUACCUAACACUUCAGCUGCCAUGACUGAACCUGGGUGUGAAAAGCGUCAGCAUUCUAAAAAGUCAUCCUUUUCUUGUCGAUUUUCCGGAUUCUCCCCA